GUCAAGAGCUAUUAGCAGCCAGUGCAGCUGCCCAGUGAGGGGAGAGCAUCAUCAGUUUUUCUUUAGCUAACACCCUCAAAUAAACUCGCCGCGAUGCUCGGAUGGUCAGUUGGCUCCUAAGACCUUUUUAGUGCAAACUCCCUGCGCUGAGUCGUCAGUCAGUUGCAUCGACUUGUCUGCUUUUUUAUCAAUUAAUUUUCAAUAAAUGGUUAAGGAUUAAGUUGCCACCAUCUGCGGUCACUGUCUCUCUUCCCCCGAGAAACAAUGCGGCUUCUCGGCCAUAUUUUUGCCCUCAUCUUCCUUUCGUGCGUCUGCGCGGAGACUGCUCAAGAGCCGGCGGCGGCCGCAUCCUCCUCCAGCGUCGCCAAACGCGAAUUCCAGCCCACAAUUGCCGAUGCAUCAAAACGGAAAGAAGUGUCGGCCCGGCUGACCGCCGCGACGGGCAGCGCACUGACCAGUCGGCAAGCGUCACCCGCGAGCGGUAGUGUACCGCUCAGUAUCACCGUUACAACCGCCGCCCAGGGAACAGCGGAUCCCGCUCGACAGAAUGUGGUGGUAGGGACACCGGUGGCCGGCACCACCGUCACCGGGACAAACGUCAUCCAGGGUGUUCCCAUUACCGGCUCAAGUUACGGACAGUCCUCUAGCUAUUUGGCGCCCAGCUAUGCCAUGCCGUAUGGUGGCGGAUAUGGAGGAUAUGGCGGAGGCGGAUAUGGAGGCGGCGGAUACGGAGGAGGCGGUUAUGGCGGCGGUGGUUAUGGAGGUGGCGGUUACGGUGGAGGUGGAUACGGCGGUGGCGGGUAUGGCGGUGGCGGAUAUGGUGGCGGCGGUUACGGAGGAGGAUAUGGAUAUCCAAUGCCUCCUAUUCUCUAUCCACCACCACCACCAAUUCCCAUUCCGGUACCGGUGCCCGGUCCGCCCAUUCCCGUGCCGGGACCACCGAUCCCGAUUCCCGCACCUAUCCCGGUGCCGGCCUAUGAUUACGGUUACGGUGGCGGUUAUGGAGGGUAUGGCGGAGGUGGUAACAAUUAUGGGGGUGGUUACGGCAACAACAACUAUGGCGGCGGCGGAUCAUACGGCGGCAACAACUACCGAGACAACAGUUAUGGCGGAAACAGCUACGGCGGAAACAGCUAUGGCGGCGGUUACAGCAACAAUAAUAACUAUGGUAGCAGCGGUUAUGGUAGCAAUAACAACAAUUACGGCAGCAACAGUUACGGAGGUGGCGGCUAUAAUGAUUAUGGAAACAAAGGUUAUGGCGGCAGUAACUACGGCAGCGGUGGCUAUGGAGGGAAGGGCAGUUCUAGCUAUGGCUAUUCCAGCGGAGGCUAUGGAUCCAGCUACGGUGGCAAUAAUUAUGGAUCGGGUGGAAAGUAUGGAAAUUCCGGUGGAUACGGACGUUCGAGCUACGGCAACAACAACAACAAUAAUUAUAAUAACAAUAAUAACUAUGAUUCUUAUUCCUCAAAUCUGUCGGGAUCCUACAGCAGUCAUUAUCCAACCGGAACCAGCUCCAGCUCAUAUUAUGAUCCCUACACCGGCGGCAGUACAUACAGUGGACCGACACCCUAUGGACGCAGUGCCAAAACUGCCGAUAAUACCGGGAGUAAAUAUGAUAUUAGUGCGUCGGGAUUAAGUGCACAGAUUGCUAGUCAGCUGGAGGGUGCUGGACACCCUGGUCUGCUAGGAAGCAAUGCUAAUGAAAAGGUCAUGUUGUACACUAGUAGAAGAUGAAACGGGUUGUGGAACUGAAAGCAUGGUUCUGUAUGAAGAUGUCUGACGGUAAAACUGUUGUAAGUUUUUGUUCUGAUUUGGUUCUAUCGUCUACCGCUCCCAAAGUAGCAUACAGUUCGGAAUAAAUUUAA